AACUCCAGCGUUUCCUUACUGGGAGUGGAAGCCCUUUAUAAAGCGUUGGUACAGGCCGGCAGUUGCUGGAGCAGAAAGACCCAGCCUGCCUGGAGCCCAUGCGCAGGACUGUGCGGGGACUGCGCAGCCGCAGUGGAAAGAAGGGUUAUUACACUGUGCUGCAGGGCAACGACUGUUCUGCCCUCAACCGUCUUCCUCCGCCCAUUCACUUCCUUCACCUGAGCAAGCAGCCAUGGCCUGGGCUGCGGGCAUGCUCCGGGCCAGCAGAAGAGUGGGUGCAGCCGGGGUGGAUUUCAGGGACUUGUACAUAGCUCCGCAGUCCAGUCAGGUGCCUCAUGUUCCGCUCAACCGGACCUGGUGGAGCCUCACCCCCACGGCCACCAUGGCGACCGUGAAGGGUAAACUUCUCCAACACAUCAGCUCUGAAGAGCCCGUUCUCCAUAGCAAGGUCUCCAUUAUAGGAGCUGGGUCAGUCGGCAUGGCCUGUGCCGUGAGCAUCCUAGCAAAAGGCUUGGCUGAUGAGCUUGCCCUUGUUGAUAGUAACGAAGACAGAAUGAAGGGGGAGACGAUGGAUCUCCAGCAUGGCAGUGUCUUCAUGAGAAUGCCAAAUGUUGUUUGCAGCAAGGAUUUCCUUGUCACUGCCAACUCCGAGGUAGUGAUUAUCACAGCAGGCGCACGCCAGGCCAAGGACGAGACGCGUCUGGACUUAGUCCAGCGAAACGUAUCCAUCUUUAAGACAAUGAUUGCCGAUAUUAUAAAGCACAGCCACCACUGCAAAAUGAUUAUUGUCUCCAAUCCAGUGGACAUCUUAACUUACGUAACCUGGAAACUGAGCGGAUUUCCUAAAAACCGCAUUAUUGGAAGUGGCUGUAACAUCGAUACUGCUCGUUUCCGUUACCUGCUUGGGCAGAAGCUUGGGAUCCACUCUGAAAGCUGCCAUGGGUGGGUCCUUGGAGAGCAUGGAGAUUCGAGUGUCCUUGUGUGGAGUGGGGUGAACGUCGCUGGUGUGCCUCUGAAAGAUCUGAAUGCAGCUAUCGGAACUAACAAAGACCCCGAGCAGUGGGGAAAUCUUCACAAAGACGUCAUUGCCAGUGCCUAUGACAUCAUCAGAAUGAAAGGCUAUACCUCCUGGGCCAUUGGCCUGUCUGUGGCUGAUAUUGUAGAAAGUAUUCUGAAGAAUCUCAGGAAGACACAUCCAGUUUCCACCAAAGUCAAAGGUCUGUACGGAAUAAAAGAAGAGGUGUUCCUCAGCAUGCCUUGUAUCCUGGGAAAAAAUGGCAUAUCCGACAUUAUAAAGGUAAAGCUGAACCCUACAGAGGAAGCCCAGAUGGUAAAGAGCGCAGACACGAUUUGGAAGAUUCAGAAAGAUAUCAAGUUUUAAGCCACCCUUCCAAAGAUACUGAAGACAACAGAUGCAGUAUGCACCCAAGUGUGGGGUGAA